UGGUUUAUAUUUUAUCGAACUGUGUAACCGAAAGGCAUUAGCACGCAAUCGAAUAAUAAUAAUACAUAAUCGUGUACAUCAACUGGAUGAUAAACAUAUGAAUUAGUGUGUGAGUGAAGCGCGAACAAGAAGAACAUUGCCAUAGACUAAAAUAUUGGAAUUAGUUUCAUAUUUCAAUCAGAAAAUAAACAAUAAUCAAAUUUUCAUAGCCGGUGAACGAUUAGUGUUUUUAUGUUUCAUUUUAUUCUUAAACAACACUAAGCAAAUGAGUGUGAAUAUCGCUCUAUAUCUCUCUCUAUCUCGGAAUUUAUACAUUUUGGGUCAAUUGUUGGUGUUACGCGCUUCAUACCCGGUUUCGAUAUUAUUCGAUAAAAUUGUACAAAUUAUGUAUAAGGCAAACGAAUUAAUCCUUGUAUAUUGCAUUACGUGUAGAAUAGCAACGAUAUAUAAUUGAAUUUAUGAGGCCAUUCGAAUGCUUUGUGAGAGUGCAAAUUUCUUUCGAAUUGUUUUAGCUAGGGAGCUUAGCUAGAUGAUUACCGAAUAUGUAGCAAGAAAAGGACAUACAAGAUUUAUGAAGUGCAUGUAUUAGCCAAAAAUAAAACCACCGUCGAGAUAUGUUGGCCAAGUAAAAGGAGUGAUCAAAUUUGUGUGAAGCAAUUCGAAAGACGAAGACGAAAAUAGAAGAAAGAACCACAGAAUACAAUAUAAUAAAGAAAAGUGAUAGAAGAAAAGAAUUGAAUUAACGAAAUAAAUUUAUACGUAGAUACUAAAAAAUAUAAUGGCCAGUAAAUCACCAUUAUCAAUACCAUCAAUUGGCUUGUCGUCAUCGCGAACACCAUCACCAUUACCGAGAGAUGUAACACAGGCGAUAAUUGCUGCUGCAACCGUUGACGAGUCGUCCGAAAGCGAAAAUGAAACAGAACCGGCGCGAAUUUUUCAGCGUCGUGUAUCAACUAGCAAAACUUUAAACGGAUCGGCCGUUAUAAAAGAAGGGUAUUUAAUGAAGCAGCAAUGGAAAUUUCACCAACGAUGGAGACGCCGAUAUUUUCGACUGAAAGGCCAUAAAUUGUACUAUUCAAAGGAAGAAAACGAGCUCGAAGUUUUUGAUGAAAUCGAUUUGCUGAAUUUAUGCUUAUGUGAGUGCAGCACGAAAAACCAAAACCACAGUUUCCAGUUAAUAACAACAACUCGAUCAUUGGUACUUUGUGCGGAAUCACGAAGAGAAAUGGAGGAAUGGUUGACUGCCUUAAAAGCCGCAUCUUUGCGUGAAUAUUUCGAACCUGGUUUGACUGAUACACAGGAUUUUCUAUCAAAUCAUCAUCAUUGGUAUAUUUACAUUUAUCAUCGACCCACUUAUUGUAAUGUGUGCCGAGAUUUAAUUACGUCACAUGGUCUAUCGUGUGAGGUGUGCAAAUGUAAAGCUCAUAAAAGAUGCGCUGCAAAAGCCAUAGCUAAUUGUAAAUGGACGACAUUGGCAACAGUUGGUCGAGAAAUUAUCGAGGAUGUGGAUGGCAAUAUCAUUAUGCCACAUCAAUGGAUGGAGGGCAAUUUACCGGUUUCAUCAACAUGCAUGAUUUGUAAAAAGACCUGCGGUUCUGUGUUACGAUUACAAGAUUGGCGCUGUUUGUGGUGUCGAGCAACCGUUCAUACAGCAUGUAGACCAUUUGUAAAACAACGAUGUCCAUUAGGUUCGGCACAAUUAUCAGUCAUACCGCCAACAUCGGUACAUUCAAUUGGCAUCGACGAAGCGUGGGAUGUUGUCAAACCUAAUGGCAGCUAUUCGCCACUGCUUGUAUUUGUGAAUUCAAAGUCGGGUGAUAAUCAAGGCGUAAAAUUUUUACGUCGUUUCAAACAAAUUUUGAAUCCAGCUCAAGUGUUUGAUUUAGUAUCGGCGGGACCAGGAUUGGGUUUACGACUUUUUCGGCACUUUGAACCAUUCCGAAUUCUUGUGUGCUCUGGUGAUGGAUCAGUGGGUUGGGUAUUGAGCGAAAUCGAUCGCAUGGAUUUGAUUAAAAAAUGCCAAUUGGCUGUGCUCCCUUUGGGCACUGGAAACGAUUUGGCUCGUGUACUUGGCUGGGGAUCAUCGUGUGAUGAUGACGCACAUUUGCCACAAAUAUUGGAACGCUACGAAAAAGCCAGUACAAAAAUGUUGGAUCGGUGGUCUAUUAUGGUGUUUGAAAAAGAAAUUGAAUCGGCCACACCAAAUCCAGCCGAAAGACCGCGUCGAAUGUCUACCAUUUCGAAUCCAUCUGAAUCGUUAUUACUCGAUUUUGUUGACACUGUGAACAGUCAUUUAUCACAAAUUGUUGACACCGAUGAUUUCAAUAUGGUUAUCUAUUCGGCAAAGCAUCUGUGCGACACCAUUUAUAAGCUACUUUCCAGAGUGGCGGGCAAUAAUUUAACCGACGACCAAAUGCAAGAGAAGUGUGAUUUAUUGCGAGAGAAAUUGGACAUGUUAUUGGACGCACUAAAAGAAGAAAAUGAAUUAACUCAAUCAAAUGUGGAACUGGCACGUACUCUGAAUGACAUGACACAGCAAAAUAAUAGUUUUGGUGAAAUUUUGAAAGCAUCACCGGCUAAUGGCAAUAUCACACCGCCACCAACUGUAACGCAUGAACGACGAAUUUCGUUUAGUUUUAGUAAAGGAAGCAAUGUUAAGACUGAAAAAGAUAAAUACAACUCAAAAGAACGGCGCAACAGUCGCUAUUAUGUACGGAAUGGUGACAAAGAAGCAAUACAAACGCGAGCAAAUAGCCUGAAAUUGGCAAUCAACAUGCUAAUGGAACAUUCUGGUUUGUAUGAUCACAAGCCACGGCAUGGCUCACGAAAACACAGUUUAGCUGCUUUGAAUAUACCCGCUAAUAUAUCAUCGACCAAUGAAUCACUAACAAAUCCCAGUCCUCCUCCUCCUCCAUCGAUCAUUGAACCAUCACAAUCAUCAUACCAAACUCAUUUAAAUGCAGACGAAACAACAAUCGUUUCGAAUUUAUCUCCGUUACCAGAUCAACGGCGCAGCUCAAUGGACGAGUAUUUUUUCAGUCCGGUCAGUUUGCCGGUGCCAAAGCAAUUUGCCGACGCAGCCAGUCGACGAAGUUCCGGCGUUCCAGAGCCCAUACAAGAGGAGGAAGGGAACGGACAUUCCAUUGAUAUCGAUACCAAACAAAACAUCGAAACGGAAUACAACUAUGAUGUUGGAUAUUUGUGCAAUUCAGACGAUACCAAUUGUGAAUCGGCCGUUCCAUAUGAGGUGUACGAACGAAAUUUAUUAAGAGCAACCACCAUGCACAAUACAAAUAGCAUUGAAAAGGAUACACUGUUUACAAUCAAAGAAUCCAUGGUCAACUCGAUGAAACAAACCCAAAGCAUAAGCACCCUUCAAGUGCCGACUAUUUCAAUGUCUGAUGUUGAUAUGAUGGAACGAAAUCCAAUUAUAACAGAAACAACGAUUUCGGCCGAUAAUGUAUAUAUGAGCGAAAAUAUGACCAUCAUUGAUACGGAUCAUGUUGAACAAUCAAUAUCCGAUGAAAAUUUAGCCGAGGCCAGUGAUGUUUUAUCGGCAAUAAGCAAUGAAGAAUGUAGCGUUACAUCAGAAAUUCUCGACAAAACUUCAUCCGGAAAUUCACAGCAAAGUCAAUCGAACAUCCAUGCAGCUGAAAUUAUUCAGAAUUUGGAAUCCGAUCGAUUGGGCCACAUUGAUUCGCCAGAAGACGAUGAAUUGACAAGUGAUGUGACAGAACCAUUCCAUGGCGAAAGUUUACUUGAAGAUAUUAGCUCGGUUUUGAGUCCAGAUUUGCUUGGUUUGAUUCAAGAUAGUACAAUAACCGAGGAUACAACAACACUUUGUGGCGAUAAACCACCACGCCGUAAACUUUCAUCAAAAAAGAAAAUGACAAGCAUCAGUGCGACGUACAAAACCAAUGAACCGUUGGUCGAACGUGAAGACAGUCUCGAAAAUUCCAACGAAAAUCCACUCCAAUUUGGUUUCGAAAACAUUGUUUUCGAAAUGGAUAAUCGAUGUGAUGACCAAAAAGCGUGCGAACCAGUACGUUAUUGUAGUCUGGCACAGUUUGUUGAAGGCAAUGAUAUUGCACGGACCAGCUUCAAGCGUCCGAAUCGAAAUAAAGUCGAUUCGACAGCGACAAUUGAAACAGAUAAUGUUGAUGGCAGUCAAACCACAUCAAUAACGGUGACCAACGAACAAUUGGCGCGACCACAAAAUGAACAAGAACACGAUGAGAAACCGCACCAAACGUUAAUCAAACAGCAACCAUUAGUAUCGUCUAUGGCUAAAAAUAAAUCAAGCGCAAUUAAAGUGCAAAUACAGGGAUCGCUAUCGAAUUUAAAUGGGCACACGAACUAUCGACGACAUAUUAGUUUUGACGAUUCAUGUAAGAAAGAUGAUGGUGACGAGAAAUCACAUACGAAGGUUCAAGUUUAUGUUGACCCUCCAUCUCCGGAUUUGGGUAAUACGUUGCGCGUGCAACGAAUCAAUGAAAUUCGACGGCAUUCAAGUCAUUCGCCAAGUUUAACCGUUAAAGAAUAUGAAGCCGAAAAAGAUCGCCGACAUUCGGGCGUUAAUCCAAAUACGCUCGGUUUGGAUCAAGAGCAUAUGCGAUUCUUAAGUUGUUCACCAGCUGCGUCACGUCGCAUAAGCUGUGGCAGUUUAUUCAAACCAAAUGAACCAAUUGGAUCAUCAAAGUCGAGCUUAUUUGCCGGUUCAAAUUUAAAUUUCCCAUUCGAUCGACGAUCCACUGACAAAGAGGACAAAGGAAAAGACGAAUCUGGUGGCAAAGACAAAGCCGAAAAAACCAAAACAUUUCCGAUUAUUAAUCCACUUGUACGGUCGCCACAUUGGCCAAACAUUACCAAUGGGACUGGUUUCAUAUCGAAAUGCUUAUUAGCAAAUGCUGAUACACUGUGCGCUGCGGUCAGUCCGCUCAUGGAUCCAGACGAAACAUUGAAUCAAGGAUACUACGAGAAAUGUGUGAUGAACAACUACUUUGGCAUCGGUAUCGAUGCAAAAAUUUCGCUCGAUUUUCAUAUGAAACGCGAAGAACACCCGGAAAAGUGUCGGUCUCGUGCAAAAAAUUAUAUGUGGUAUGGGGUACUGGGCUCAAAGCAAUUGCUACAGAAAACGUACAAGAAUUUAGAGCAACGUGUUCAAUUGGAAUGCGAUGGUCAGCGUAUACCACUUCCAUCGCUGCAGGGCAUUGUAAUUUUAAACAUUCCAAGUUUCAUGGGCGGUACAAACUUUUGGGGUGGCACAAAAGAAGAUGAUUCUUUCUUAGCUCCAUCAUUCGAUGACAAAGUUUUGGAGGUUGUUGCUGUUUUUGGCAGUGUUCAAAUGGCUGCCUCUCGUUGCAUCUCACUGAAACAUCAUCGCAUUGCACAAUGUCACAGUAUUCAAAUUACAAUUUUGGGCGAUGAAGGUAUACCGAUUCAAGUGGAUGGCGAAGCAUGGCAUCAACCGCCCGGCAUAAUACGAAUCAUUCAUAAGAAUCGAGCACAAAUGCUGUGUCGCAAUCGAAGUUUGGAGUAUUCAUUGAAAACGUGGCAAGAAAAACAACGUCAACACAGCAUAUCCAUUUCACGUGAACAAACAUCGAAUAUAUCAGAUUCGACUGGCAUAUCGGCCACAUCACUUCCAUCUGGUUUGAUGUCUGAACGUGAAAGUUAUCUACUGUUAAAUUUCAUUGAAAUUGCCAGUUCGUUAGUAAAAUGGGUGAAAUUUUUGAUCAUAUCACAUCCAUCGUUGGAGCAUGAUUUGUAUGCGGUUGCAUGUCGUACAGCCGAUGCACUUGAAGCCAUACACCCGCAAGGGAAAAUUGUUGAAGGACCAAAUUUGCGCAUUCAAUUGGCUGAAUUGAUAACAGCAACACGUCAUUUGUACGAAGACUCUUGUAAUUUGUUACGUGAACGCAGUCAAACGUUGAUCUUACGUGAAGACUUGGAAUCAAAGUUGAGCUUUGCACUUGCCAAUACCGAAAUGGAAUUACGAAAAUGUACGGUCAAUAAGUCAUCUGAUGGCCAAAUGAGAGCUUCACUAAAUGUUUUGGCACCAAAUGAAGAGCCGGACACAAGAAAGAAAUCGAAACCAUUCUGGAUGCGAUUCCGUAGCAAUACAACGGCCAAUAAUCAAAGCACAAUUAAUACAGUAGCACAAAAAUCCACAGCAUCAACGCGUGAAACGGUCGCUAAUUGGGGCGUUGGCGAAGUGGUUACAUGGUUAGAAACUAUGCAAUUAGGUGAAUAUGUAGAAACAUUUACACGAAACGAUGUACGAGGUAAGGAACUUAUAACAUUAACACGACGUGACCUCAAAGAGUUGGGAAUCACAAAAGUAGGUCACGUCAAGCGCAUUCUGCAAGCAUGCAGGGAAUUGAAUUCGACUUAAGAUUAAUUAAGAAAAAUUUAAAAUAAUAUACACACAAAUUAAAUAUUCGCUAUUUUUAAGGUGUAUCUAUUUUAAACUCUUAAGCAAAAAGGAAUUGCAACUCUUCUAUAUAUACGGUUAGACUAAUAAAUAAGUGUAGGUAAAGAUCAUUUGAAAUGUUAAUGCAUAACAAGUGUUCGAAUUACAAAAGUCGUAUAUUCAAGUUACAAUAUCGAAUAACAUUCCAAUACCAUAAUAGAACACAAUAUUUAUUGUUGUUGGUGUUUGAUGUAUCGUGGCAUUAAUUAUGCUCAUUGAAAUUAAAUGACAACAUCAUUUCUCAUUCUAUUUUAUUAUACACCUUCAUAAAUAAUGAAAUUCAUAAGCACACAUAAAAAAAAAAAAACAGAUUUUCAGCUCAUUAUGUAUCUGUGGUUUCCUAUUUUCAAAAACAAAACACGUUAAGUAGCAUUUAAUCUGUACAGUUUCUAAAUAUCAAAUAAAUCAUGGAAAGAAACGGGAGACAACAAUUUAGAAAUACUCAAGACAAGCUCUUACACCUAAUUCUUAUUAAAUGGCUUGCACUUAAUUUAAUUAUGCACGUCAAUAAAUAAUAUUUAUAUUAAUGUAACUAAAUCUACAACCAUUUUGAUCGACAAUUUUUCUAAAUCUUAAAUCAUUCAUAAUAAUUAAGACAUUACGUAGUUUAUUGUUAUUGCAAAGCCCCACACCCACAUCCAUGUACUGUAACAUUGUACACACACAAAAGCCGCCAUCUAUCUCUAUCUUAUACUCUCUCUCUCUCAAUUUUAUUUUCUCUCCAUCACAUUCGUAAUAAUUGGAGAAUAUCGAUAUUAUAAUUUAAAUUGAUACAAAAAGCAUAUCAAAAUAAAUGUGUUCCAUUCCCAUAGCACAACAUUGUGGUUUCCUCAAAUUAUCUGAAAAUAUUACGGUUUUUCUGUCGAAUGAUAUUUAACGUACACGACCAUAACUAAACACUUUCUGAUAUCAUGUCUAGUUGAUGACACAUUGAAUGUUAAUUAAUAGGAUAACCAUUUAUCAAACCGUUAUGCACACUCAUUCGUCGUUAAUUAUUAUUCACGUAGCCGUUUAUCAAUAUAAAUCGAUAUAAAUGCAUAGAUGGUAUAGUUAAGUCUCUAUUUCAACGUUUUUGCGUUCAGCUCAAUUUAUUUAUUUUUCCUCUCUCGUAUGGAUGGAAAUGAUGUGCAUAGAUUUUCAUUAGACCAUAUACAUGGCAUACCAUUCACAUUAUUUAAUCGAUAUUUAUCAAUUAACCAAAUGCUGAUAGACUGGGACCGUUUAAUUUCACAUAGUUUUCACCUGGAUUUCAUAAAAUCGACAUUCAAAUGCUUCAAAAUGGGUUAAGAUAGAAAAAAAAUUUACAUUUCAAAGUCAACGAACAUUUUAGUGAAAAUAAUCUCCAUUGGAGUUAUUAUGAUUAAUUUAACAGAAAAAUAUAAAGAUAUUGGCAAUUUACCACAUCAUCUACCAUUUUUGGCUAAAUUUUCAUUGUGUAGAUGGCUUUCGAUUAUUUUUUUCUUCAUAUUCUCUCAAGGAACAGUGUCGAUGGUACAAACCGUCACCACUCUUCUUUAAUAAAUAUAAAUUGGAAUAUUUCCCCAUUGGCUAAAUUUCCAAAAAUGUUGCCCAAAUUCACAUUACAUAAUUUUAAAUUGAAAAUAAUAUAUAUUGAAUUAAAAUUUAAGUUUUGAUUUUAGGAAUCUUUUUCGGCUAUUGGAUACGUUGAUUCGUAUGCAAUGGCCAAAAUGGCUGCCUGCUGGCAAGGAGCCGAAUUAGGAAUUGAAAAUAAAAAAAAAACACACGAAUGUAGAAAACUAAUUCGAAAAUGAGAGAACAUAAUUUAUUUAAUCUUUUUUCGCUAAAUUUUAAAAUAUUUCAGCUUAGUUUUAAGGGAAAAAAAGACAAAUCCUACUAUUAAAAGAAACCUAUAUUUCAGUUGCCUAAAGAUUUUACAUUCGCAUUUCAAACUAGUUCUAAACUAAUGGAAAAAAUGCAGAAUAAAUUUUCACUUGACAUAGUAUUUUUAAAAAUUUAACA